AUCAUCAGAGAUGAGACCGAAGACGCUGCUGCUGCUGCUGCUCGGCUCGCUGCUCGCCGCUCUGGAGGCGAGGUCAGCGGCAGGCCGCCAUCAUGGCCGCUCCAUGCCCGGAUCUCCGUUCAACAUCAGCACGAACGACCGCGGCCUGGAGCAGGUCGUCCUCAACGCCACCUGCUCCUUCAACAAACAAACGAACGACGCCUUCCUCUUCAGACCGUCCGCCAUCCACAGAGCUCAGCGGCAGAUUGUUAAGGGGAUUCGGUACAUCGUAGAUUUGGAGAUUUCCAGAACCGUCUGCCGUAAACGAGAACACAACAACAACAAUCUGACCGACUGUGACUUUCAGCCGGAGGGUCUCCUGCACCAGACGUUUCAGUGUCACUUUGACGUUUGGGUCGUUCCCUGGAAACACGAGAUGAACAAUCUGGUUUUUCUCUGCAAACCCUGAAACCAGCCGCCGCCUCCACCAACCUCCCUCUGGCCUCUGACCUCUGACCCCCCCCCCCCCCCCCCCCCCCCCCCCCCCACUGUACAUGGCAGCACUUUACAGCUGACAGGAUGAUUAAUCGACUGACAAUCGAUGAAUCCUUUAAGUUGCAGCUUCUCAAAUGUGAAUAUUUACUAGUUUUCCAUGAUAAUAAAUCAUCUGAAUAUGUUCACUUCAGGGAAUAUUGAUCGACACUUAAUACACUGAUCAAUCAAUCAAUAUAUUAUUAAUGACCAGUUUGAUAAUAACUUUUAACUUUAGUUCCAGUAGUUUAAACGUCUGGGUUAGGGUUAGUGUGUUUCUAAACGUCUCUGCUCUGUGAAUCUGUUUCAUCUUUUCACACAAAAUAAACAUCAGAUGUCUUUUGGACUCUAAA